AUGUGGGCCCCGGGGUGCUGCCGGCUCUGGUCCCGCUGGGCGCAGGUGACAGUGUUGCUUCUGCUGCUGGGGGUGCCCCUGAGAGGCCUGGCAGUGCCACCCAUCCGCUACUCUCACGCUGGCAUCUGCCCCAACGACAUGAACCCCAACCUCUGGGUGGACGCCCAGAGCACCUGUAAGCGGGAGUGUGAGACGGACCAGGAGUGUGAGACCCCCGAGAAAUGCUGCCCGAACGUGUGCGGGACCAAGAGCUGCGUGGCCGCCCGGUACAUGGACGUGAGAGGCAAGAAGGGCCCGGUGGGCAUGCCCAAGGAGGCCACAUGCGACCACUUCAUGUGUCUGCAGCAGGGCUCCGAGUGUGACAUCUGGGACGGCCAGCCCGUGUGCAAGUGCAAAGAUCGUUGUGAGAAGGAGCCCAGUUUCACGUGUGCCUCCGACGGCCUCACCUACUAUAACCGUUGUUACAUGGAUGCUGAGGCCUGUUCUAAGGGCAUCACGCUGGCCGUCGUCACCUGCCGCCACCACUUCACCUGGCCCAACACCAGUCCCCUGCCGCCCGAGACCACCGUGCGCCCCACCACGGCCUCCCCGGAGACCCCCGGGCCGGAUAUGGUGGCCCCCGCUCUGCUCAACCACCCCGUGCACCAGUCGGUCACCGUGGGCGAGACGGUGAGCUUCCUCUGCGAUGUGGUGGGCCGGCCCCGGCCCGAGGUCACCUGGGAGAAGCAGCUGGAGGACCGAGAGAACGUGGUCAUGCGGCCUAACCACGUGCGCGGCAACGUGGUGGUCACCAACAUCGCCCAGCUGGUCAUCUAUAACGCCCAGCCCCAGGACGCUGGCAUCUACACCUGCACGGCCCGGAAUGCCGCCGGGGUCCUGCGGGCCGACUUCCCACUGUCAGUGGUCAGGGGGGGUCAGGCCGCGGCCACCUCGGAGAGCAGCCCCAAUGGCACGGCCUUCCCCACGGCCGAGUGCCUGAAGCCCCCCGACAGCGAGGACUGUGGCGAGGAGCAGACCCGCUGGCACUUCGACGCGCAGGCCAACAACUGCGUCACCUUCACCUUUGGCCACUGCCACCGCAACCGCAACCACUUUGAGACCUACGAGGCCUGCAUGCUGGCCUGCAUGAGCGGGCCGCUGGCCGCGUGCAGCCUGCCCGCCCUGCAGGGGCCCUGCAAGGCCUACGCACCUCGCUGGGCCUACAACAGCCAGACGGGCCAGUGCCAGUCCUUCGUGUAUGGCGGCUGCGAGGGCAACAGCAACAACUUCGAGAGCCGCGAGGCCUGCGAGGAGUCCUGCCCCUUCCCGCGGGGGGACCAGCGCUGCCGGGCCUGCAAGCCCAGGCAGAAGCUCGUCACCAGCUUCUGUCGGAGCGACUUCGUCAUCUUGGGCCGGGUGUCCGAGCUGACCGAGGAGCCCGACUCGGGUCGUGCCCUGGUGACCGUGGACGAGGUUCUAAAGGAUGAGAAGAUGGGCCUCAAGUUUCUGGGCCGGGAGCCGCUGGAAGUCACCCUGCUCCACGUGGACUGGACCUGCCCCUGCCCCAACGUGACGGUGGGCGAGACGCCGCUCAUCAUCAUGGGCGAGGUGGACGGCGGCAUGGCCAUGCUGCGGCCUGACAGUUUCGUGGGAGCGUCCAGCAGCCGGCGGGUCAGGAAGCUUCGCGAGGUCAUGCACAAGAAGACCUGCGACGUCCUCAAGGAGUUUCUGGGCUUGCACUGA